AGGACUAAAGAUGGCGCCGACAGGACGGCGUUGUGACGCGACCGCACGUCCGCCGGAAGUGUCUGGAGGCGAGCCUGGAAGCCGGCUCACCCUCUCGCCGGUGGUAUCUCGAGCUUCGCGUUUUGAGCAGGAGUCGCCACUCUUCUACCAGGAUCAUGGUGUUCUACUUCACCAGCAGCAGUGCUAAUUCGUCUACUUACACUAUUUACAUGGGAAAGGAUAAAUAUGAAAAUGAAGAUCUGAUAAAGUAUGGCUGGCCUGAAGAUAUUUGGUUUCACGUGGACAAACUCUCUUCGGCUCAUGUAUACCUACGAUUACAGAAGGGAGAGAAGAUAGAAGACAUUCCAAAGGAGGUUCUGAUGGACUGUGCCCAGCUUGUGAAGGCCAAUAGCAUUCAAGGCUGCAAGAUGAACAACGUUACUGUGGUUUACACACCAUGGUCUAACCUGAAGAAAACAGCUGACAUGGAUGUGGGGCAGAUAGGCUUUCACAGGCAGAAGGAUGUAAAGAUUGUGACAGUGGAGAAGAAAGUGAAUGAAAUCUUGAACCGUUUAGAAAAGACCAAAUUGGAGAAGUUUCCGGACCUAGCAGCAGAGAAAGAAGGCAGAGAUCGCGAAGAGAGGAAUGAGAAGAAAGCCCAGAUUCAGGAAAUGAAAAGGAAAGAGAAAGAAGAAAUGAAGAAGAAAAGGGAAAUGGAUGAACUUAGGAGCUACUCAUCACUAAUGAAAGCUGAGAACAUGUCCUCAAAUCAAGAUGGUAAUGAUUCUGAUGAGUUCAUGUGAGCUGAGCAAAGGACUCUGGGAAGACAUGAAUGUGCAGACUAUUACAGAGCUUUUGAUUUCAUCUCGGUUCUGAAUUACAGAAACCAACCAACCAAAAUUCUACUUUCAUUCUACAUUGACAUCAUUGGUUUUUGGAGUUUUAAAAAAAAAGAAAUGUCAUCUUUUUGCUGAUGAAAAGAACAGAUGUAUAAUAUAGUUGAACUUGAAGAAAACAUAAGUUUAGGAAAAGGAGAAUAUUUUUGGCAGAACAUACGUCAGUACCUCAUGAAGGCUGUCUGCCUUUGUUUUUGAGAUAGACAUUGGAGCAGACCUACUCUGGAAAGUGUUUCUGUGGCUGUGGUCUGUCCUGGAAACAGACGUCAUGAAGUACGUUUCCUAUUUCUAAAAUUACUUCUGUGAAGAAGACAGUUGGUGGCUUACUCAGGCCAGGACCCUCUGACGACGGUUUCCUGACUAGAAGAAAGGCAUGUGGGUUUGAAGGCAGCAGCAGUGCUUACUUUACUUGGAUUUCAAUAUUGGCAAGGUCUCUCUUGCUGGCAUCAGAGUAGCUGACCCAGCUCUUAGCUUAUUCUAAGGGUUAUGCUCUCACUCCUGUGAGGUGAGGCCCAUCUCAGCCUCGUAGUUACAUAGUUGAUCUUAGCCAAGCUUGGGAACUCAUCAUCCGAAAUCAUAGAUGAUCCAGGCCGCAGAUGUGACAACUAGACUCUGAAGCCAUUUCUGUGUGUGGAGGGAGACAGGAAAGGGUGCGCUGCUAGUUGUGAGAGUGACACACAUUGCCUCAUAAUUGUCUUGACUGUAUCAUGAAACAAAAGUCCACCGUGGGUUGCAAGCUUUAGAAACAAUCAAGCGUUUUUCCCUAGCCAGCCAAGGCAUCUGUUCCCUUACUUUGGAAUAAUAUUUACGUUGAGUUGUAA